CAUUGUUGAGCGCCUCUGCUGGCCUUCGAAAUGGGCUUGACUCCUGAGCCUUGAUUACUUCAAUUGUCCCCUCCGAAUAUCAACUUUUUAAUAAAGAAACUCCUGUUCGCGAUGACAUUUGGAGGUGGUUUGGUAGAUGAGGUGAACCAGGUGAUUUCAGAACUGGUUCCUGUGCGGGCUGACUGGCUUGCAAGUUUCAGUUCCUGUGCAGUACAAUAAAGCUACUGGCUUUGUCUGAGGAUAGCAAUGAAACCAGCUCAGGAGCGUAAUCAGGAGUGCCUGCCUCCUAAGAAAAGGGAUCUCCCAAUAAGUAACAGCAGCAGUGGAGCUGGAGGGACAGUGGGAGGUGGGGUUCCAGUCGGAGGGGCUAACAGCGGAGCUGGCAGUGCUGCUGGUGGUAUUGCAGAAGAGGAAGUUGUUUCCAUCCAGAAUUGCGGAGCCAGCAGUGAAACUCAGGGAGGGACCCCCUCUGGAGAGUGGCUGCGAGCUCAGCCAGGGCUUCAUUAUGGAGUGGAUAAUUCUGACAGCAUACCAGCAGUGCCCGUUGACCAGUACAGUAUGCUCUACAAAGUGGCCCUUCCAUCUGCUACCUACUCACCUACCAGUCUACACCCAGUGUUAAGCCACAUUUCUCCAGCCUAUACUGUACACUCUCCCCUCCUGCAGCAUCAUCCUGGCAUUCCCUAUCCCCCUCUUGGUUAUGCACAGAUCCCUCAUUCUUCUCUCCAGUUUGUCAGUUCCCCUUAUGCAGCAGUACCUUACGCGCUCCCCCCUGGGUUUGUCCCAGGAUCAUUAAUCUCUCCCUCAGGGACCAUCCCGCAGCCCCAUGCUGUGUCCCACCUUGUUCCCUACCCAUCUGUCAUACAAGAAGGUGUUGUUUCUCCACCUCCUCAGGCCCAGGUGGCUGCUCAUACCUUUGCCAAAGUUGCAGCUUCCAGUGGUGUCCCACUGAUGCUGCCCUCAGAGCAAGCUGCCCAGCAGCACCUUGGUACUGUUGGAGUCCUGCCUGCAGCAGAGCUUAGCUCCCGAGGGAUGCCCGUCUUCUGCCACCCUCAGGGAGCAAGGGGUGCCACUGCCGUCAGAGACUGCCACAGUUCCCAGCAAGAGAAUGAAUUGGAGGUGAAUGGAGGGGACAAAGAGCAGGGAGCCAGAGAGGUUGUACCAGACUCGGUCUACACUGCCAGAAAUGCACGUCUACCACAGGUUGCAUGCAGCUCAGCAUCACAGGAGCACAGCCAAGACAAAGUCCUGCAGAACCGAAGACUGGAAGAGAGAAGUUCUCCUGGUCAGCGCAGCACUCCGGACAGUGACCUGGAGGUGCAGCAGGUGGUUGGUCGUUUGGUUUCCUCUAACCAAAGUGGUAUCGGAGCACGUAAAGAGGUCUCCUUUGCUCCCUUGAACCUCUCUCAGGGUGGCCACAGAGCCAGAGAUGUCCACGGAGAGAGUCCAGGUGUAAUUUCCAGCCGAACUGCGUACGCGACGCAGACGGCGAGUUACAGUGAUCACAGAGUCACCGCCCUCCAGCAGCAAGCAGGACAGCCGGGCCACGCUGUCAUGUUUGCCAAUGGGCAACCGGUACUUAUUCCCUUGGAGUGUCAUCCGCAUCAGCAACCACAGCAACACUACCCGGGACAGGCUAAUGAUGCCUCAGCCAGCCAUGCCUCUACCACCAUGGCCUCCCCUAGCCCAAGCUUUAAAGCCUCUGAUUCUUCAGCCAGAGUGUGCCUCUCCGAAAGGGUGGAGCCAAUCACAGCUCAGCAGCAGCCUCUCCCGCAGCCUCCAGUCCAGCCUACAGCAGAUGUGACUCAGGCCUUAACUUCAAGCCUUGCUCCCGCACCGGCUCCUUGCAACCCGUCGCACUUCAUGAAGGGGGCAAUUAUUCAGCUGGCUACUGGGGAGCUGAAGCGUGUGGAGGACCUGCAGACUCAGGAUUUUGUGCGUAGCGCCGAAGUGAGCGGAGGGCUUAAAAUCGACUCCAGCUUGGUGAUGGACAUCCGCGGCAGCCAGCAGAGACCCGGUCUGGUGUCACUUCAUUUUACUGUAGGGGAGCAGCAGAGCAAAGUGACCAUCGAUGUGCCCCCGGAGCACCCCUUCUUUGUCUUUGGCCAGGGAUGGUCAUCUUGCAGCCCCGAACGCACGGCCCAGCUCUACGGUUUGGCCUGCCAUCAUCUACAAGUUGGUGACAUGUGUGUGUCCAUCACCCUGCAGCAGCAGCCGCCGCUUCCUCCACAACAACAGAAGCAACCACAGCACCAUCAUUCACAAACGCAACAACAACAACAGAACCUGUCCAGGACUAUAAGCAAAGCCAAUGCUACAUCAGGACCUGGUCACCAGCUAAUGGGGCCUCCAGCCCCUCAGCAGUCACGGCCGCCAUCUCAUUUCAGAUUGGACCGCAUUCACAGAGAACGACAGAAGGAUGGAGAGAAAGAUUUGGCCGAUAAAGAGGAAGCCACACAGCUAGGGGCUGUAGGGCGCACUGAGUCGCCCAUCAGACCAAGUAGGACCUCAGGAGAGCAUCCAAGGAGCCAGAGCAGUUACCACUUGCACACAGAAGCCUCUGCUUUUGCAGAGGCAGGGAUGGGAGCAAUGCAGGCUGCACUAGGUGCCUCACAGAGGCGCUGGUCCUCGCCUGGCCUCCGAAGAUACAGUAUGAAGGGAGACGAAGGGCCACGCCCUCAGAUAAUCAGCUCCAGCCACACAAGGCCUUCUUUCAUCCCACAGGAGGUCAAACUGUCCAUUGAGGGGCGCUCUAAUGCAGGGAAGUAGCAUCACAUUUGGUAGCAACUAUAGAUGAGACUGCCACAAGUAAGAAUGAGUCUGACAAGGAGAGAAAGAAGAAAACAAAGAGUGUGAAUGUAUCCUCAGAAUGUUUGAGAUUUUGCACACCUAAAAUAUACAAAAAAACCGACCAGAUCUUUGUCUGUCUGGUGAGAAGUUCUGAUUUUGUUCGAAUGCCACUCAGCCAAAGGAUGCAGACCUAUUGGUCUCCAGCCAGCUGAGUUCAUGGGAGGGGGGGGACAUGAAAAGCGGAGUAGAAAGUAUGUAGCUGAAGAAAUGCCUACCAUAGAGUCCUUACACACUGCAUUUCUCUUCCUCCCUCCCUCCUCCGUCUCCACUUCCUCUUAACCAUACUUGGAGGUUUCCAUUGCAUUCAAAACACUCUAGCUUCCUUUUUGACCAGACCGUCUCUUCAGAAGAACACAGACUACAGAAAAAUAAUGUAUGUGUAUCACAGUGAAGCUACCAACUCUGCAGGUCGUGAUCUAUUAAAAAGAUCACCACCAGGGAUCUUUAAUCUGCUUUACUGCUAAGAUCCUAUUUCCAUCAAAAGCAUUUUUCCCCCCCCAAAAAAUAGAGUUGCGGACAUCAGCAGCUCCUGUGGUGAUGUUGGCACUGUUGAUGCUGUCAGUGUAUGUUACAUUAUGCUUCUCCUGCAGGAGUCUGAAACCUCUGCUGUCAGCAGAGAUGCUCUCUCCCCUCUCUCGUUUCUGCAAAGAUCUCGUCUCAGGCCAGGUGUGGCAUGUCCCACUUGUCUUACACUGAAAUAGUGAUAAAUCAAUCAGCUUGUUUGUUCAGCAAUCAAUUUCUCCUUCUCCAAAAGCCAUUCACCAUCAUACUCUCAGAUUUAGGUUGAUGGCCCCAACGUCGAUUUACAGAAAUAAUAAGCGAUGUCACGCAUUCCACUAUUAACUUUCCCCCAUGUAGGGAAUCAUUUUACUUCUCUCUUCACUUCCUCAUCACCCAAACUGGUCGAGACAGAUGGCCACGCCCCUCAGCUGGGUUCUGUCAGGCUUCUUCUCACUACUGUCACCAAGUCCUUGCUCAUAGGAAGUUGUUGCACGACCUUUUACAUUAGUUAAAUGAUUUAAUUUCCCUUCCAAAGUCAUGGCCUCCUCUCCUCAGUUUACCUCAGAGCUUUCACAACCAGACUGGGGAAUUUAGUUUUCUCUUGUGAACUUUGUAAUUAAGGAGGAGGCACCGACUGGUCAUCACUAAAGCCACCCGUGGGAAUGAGCCAGCAAGGUGUUUCCCUUUAUACUUCGCUGGCUGCACUGCCACCUACAGCCCGGAGUUGGAGGGUGUAGUAGUUUUUUCUGUAUAUGAGUGGGGCCGUGAUGUUCUAAACUUGACUUGCUCAGUAACCAGAUUAAAGCAAUAGUUAUUUUUAUGCUAUGUGGCUUUACCGAUCCGUAUUGCCCUCUCCCAGGAAUCUCUUGUGGGGUGUGGUAAAUCUCGAUAAAUGUGCAGAGUGAGAUCUCACCCUCUCAUCCCGUGACUCUUAAAGGCGAUGCACUCUUUUUAGUGCUCAUUUUCGUUAAUUUAGCAAUCCUGCACAAACAAAGCCUUUGGGAAUUUUCUCAAGAAGUCAUUGUCCAAACCUGGAUUUCUCACUUCGCUGAUAUUUUUUAAUUUUUUUUAUGGAUUUACUGAAGUGCACAUCCAAGAGAUGCCCGGCUCUAAUGAAAUCACGAUCAUCAUCGACUUCUUUUUUUUUUACCUUUAAAGUGUACGUUUUGCAUUGAUACUAGGGUGUCCUUUUUCCAGUGGUUCCUAAGAUUUUCUUGUGUUGCACAUAGCAGAUGUCACAUUUAUUUCAUACUGACCUUUAAAUAGGAAUCACAGUACAGUAGUUUAUUUUUUUAAUGAAGGGAAUAGGUUUGAAGUAUCGUUGUUGGGGGUUUGUGGCGAGAGGAAAAAAAAAACUGACUUGCGUUUCUAAAUCUGUUUACAAAUUAGCCGACAUAAAUGCUGCAGUUUCUUCCUUUGUCUUUCUUACAGGAGAAAAAAAAAGAAUCCAAAAAGGGUGUAAUUGAAAAUAAGUGCAAUUAGACCAUACAUUAAAUCGUAAUCAGACGACAUUCCUCAUUCAGACAUUCCCAUCAAAAAGUACUUUUUUUGCCAUAGAUAUCUGGACUUACCUUUGGCAAGUUACUUAGGAAUAUUUCAUGUAUCUUUUAAAUUCGACGUGUUCAGACAGCAGCAUCAGUUGUGUGGUUGUUAUUGUCAUGUCUGGCUGAAGUGUCUGUGCUGUUAUGGACUAGUUUGUUUGUGAGGUCCAGACACUGUUGUGUGUUUCCCUUAUAUCCUCGUGACUCACUGAACGUCUAUCAGCAGAUAGAAGGGGUCAUGAGAUUGAGCCUGAGCAGUUUUAAAGGAUGGGUUCACAUUUUUCUUUCUCUCACGCACACGUAUUACUUAUUCCUUCUAUCCAUUCUUGCUUGUAUAAAGAUUCAAAGCUACAGCGGUCUUUCAAUGCAGUGUUGUGUAAUAGUAAUAUUGGGCUUCAGGAGUCAUAUGGCAAAGUCGCACAUUAAAAUGACUUUUAGAAGUUUAAAUGUAGCAGUUGUGCCAUAUCUAUAAAAAUAAUUUAGUUUAUUUUGUGUGCAGUUUCUUUCCGAAAAGUAUUAACAAUUGUAGGGAUGUGGAAAACAAAACCUGUAACUAUAACUGUUAGACAGUUAUUUGAUAUUAUCAAGUGUGUAUUAAUAACAUGUCAGUAUUUCUUUUCU